GCAAAGGCAAUUACGAAAAAGAUGGAAUAGAGAAUCUCCUGAAUUGGACUCCCAUAGUUUUAGCCGUUUCCAGGGCGGUGUUGGGUAUCCGCCCUCCGUGAAGUAGUUGAGGGAAUCUCCGGAAGAAAUUAAGAAGAGAGAGACCGCUGAAAGCGAGAGAAAUAAGAGGGAAAGAUGGGCAGGAUUCCGUGCUGUGAGAAGGACAACGUGAAAAGAGGUCAGUGGACCCCCGAGGAAGACAACAAGCUCUCCUCCUACAUCGCCCAGCACGGCACCCGUAACUGGCGCCUCAUCCCCAAAAAUGCUGGCCUCCAGCGAUGCGGUAAGAGCUGCCGGCUCCGGUGGACCAACUACCUCCGGCCAGACCUCAAGCACGGCGAAUUCUCCGAGUCCGAGGAGCAGACCAUUGUCAAACUCCACUCCGUCGUUGGCAACAGGUGGUCGCUGAUAGCAGCUCAGCUUCCAGGGCGCACGGACAACGACGUCAAGAACCAUUGGAAUACCAAGCUCAAGAAGAAGCUCUCCGGGAUGGGGAUCGAUCCUGUGACGCACAAGCCUUUCUCCCACCUCAUGGCAGAGAUUGCCACGACCCUCGCCCCACCCCAGGUGGCACAUCUCGCCGAGGCCGCCCUCGGCUGCUUCAAGGACGAGAUGCUCCACCUCCUCACCAAGAAACGAAUCGACUUCGCUGGCCCAGCGGCACCCGCGAUCGGCACUGGCGAUCCGCGCUUGGCCUACAAUGCUGCUGAUCCGACCCCCAACAACGAUGACAAGGAAGACACCGUACAGAAAAUCAAGCUGGGCCUAUCCAGGGCCAUCAUGCAGGAGCCCAACAACGGCAAGGCUUGGGCCAUGAUGGGCCCAGCCGGGGAGCCAUCGGAUGCCCUUGCCGGGAUGUGCGACAUGUACCCGACAGUGGGUGAUGGCUUUCGAUAUGAUGGGACAGCCUACGGUAAUGAUGGCGAUGGAUCAGCAUGGAGCCAGAGUUUGUGCACCGGAAGCACCUGCACUGGUGGUGCGGCAGAGCAGCAGGGUGGCGGGAUGCAGGAGAAAGACGAGGAUGACGACGGCGAAGAGGCCGAGGGUGGAAAGGCUGCAAGAAAAGGGGAUACCAGCAUGUUCGCUUCAGACUGCGUUUUGUGGGACUUGUCCGAUGAUUUGAUGAAUCCCAUUGUGUAAAAAAGAGUGGUCAAACUCAGGAAGAUGACUUAAUG